CCCUCCCUUUCUCCCCUCACCAGUGGGGCCGGGAGGCGCAGCCGAGGGAAGAUGGCGGAGGAGGAGAAGCUGCCCGCGGGCUGGGAGAAGCGCAUGAGCCGCAGCUCCGGCCGUGUGUAUUACUUCAACCACAUCACCAACGCCAGCCAGUGGGAGCGGCCCAGCGGCAGCGGCAGGAACGGCCCCGGCGAGCCCAGCAAGGUGCGAUGCUCCCACCUCCUGGUGAAACACAACCAGUCCAGGAGACCCUCAUCCUGGAGGCAGGACAAGAUCACGAGGACCAAAGAUGAGGCACUGGUGCUUAUAAAUGGCUACAUCCAGAAGAUAAAAUCAGGAGAAGAGGAUUUUGAAUCUCUUGCUUCCCAGUUCAGCGACUGCAGCUCGGCGAAAGCAGGAGGAGACCUGGGGGUCUUUGGGAGAGGUCAGAUGCAGAAGCCUUUUGAAGAUGCCUCCUUUGCGCUGAGGGCCGGCGAGAUGAGCGGACCCGUGUUCACAGAGUCAGGGAUCCACAUCAUCCUACGCACGGAGUGAAGUGCCUUGUGCCAGGAGGAAGGCAAAGGGUGAGGGGGAAGAAAGGAAAUGAACCAAAACCCCACCAACAACACGACCUACUCCAACCCUGCACUCUCCCAAAGGAACUUCAUAUCCAGUUUAACAAAUAAAAAGCUCAUUUCAUAUCUCGGUAUCUUCUGUGGCACCGGACACGGUGGGUUUCCCCUGCAUGGUUAGCCAAGGGUGAGAACACCAGCAGAAUCAGACAGCAGCAUCUUUCAUAAGCAGAAUGUUAAACCCAACAUUCCUGGCAUGCCACAGCUGCUUGAGUUAGACUGACGUGGCUCCUAAGCCGAGGAGGUGUCAGUGCUAAAGGUCCCACCUCAGUGCUUCCCACAUCUGCCCUGAGUGUUCCUUGCACUGAUGCUGGCGAGGCCGACUCCUGACCUGUGGUGCUACGACGGAAGGAGCUCCCCAACCCUCUGCACGUUUGGUCAAGCUCCUUUGAACCACGAGGAUGGGGAUUUGCUGGGCAGCCCCACUCUGUUGGUUUGUAGAACUGAUUGACUAAAGCCAUCUGUAAAUUGAGUGUAAGAUCUCACCACUUAGCAUGGGGACACCCGUCCCUCGGUGCCUCAGUGCAGCAGCCUCGGUGAUGGUCCCUCUGUCCCAUCACACGGUGGCACCGGGUUUUCUCCCCUCUCCUGCCAUUGCUUUGACUCUCAAAACUUGAAGCUGCCUUUUGGUUCUGAUGACAAACGAGAGGCUAAAGGCCAGUAGGUGCCACUGCAGGAGGCUCUGUAGCCAGCCCGAGCUGUGUAGCGGUACGUAGGACGCUGUGCGCUUCCCCUUCCAGCCUCAAGUCACUCCAGUGUGUAGACACGACGGUGCCAUGGUGUAGGGCGACUGUAGUGUGGAUUUGCUGUUGUAGCUAGGAGGCUGUUUUCUUUUUCCUCAAGCUCCUCUUCAUCCACGUGUGGUUUGAACACUGUAAGUCAUUGUUUUCCAGUUACACUGCAUUGCUUCUGGUUAGCGCAAUAAACAUGGAGACAUGGAAUGAAAUCAAAUCCCAGCUUUGGUCCAGUGCAAACCAGCUGUAUAGUUCCAGUUCUCUUCAGCAGCAAAUAAAGCCCUCUCCGAUUAAACAUG